AUGUAAGUCGAGACAUUCAAGGAUUAACUCUACUCAAAACUACGAUAAAAAAAUUCACCCUAAAAUGAGAAAGGAUUAAUACUAUUAUAGUCCAUUGAAAACAACCUUAACCUUGAAUAAAGAACUAAUCCUACUGCGUAUAUUGCAUAAUUGAUUAAUUUAUUGAAAUCCACUAAAGAAGGCUAAGAUGUUAUCAUUUUGCUAAUUUAUAAAAUAUUACCUUCAGUUCCAAUUGUCGUAGUAAGAAAGUUAAUUCCUGCCUUGUUGGAAGAAAUAGGAAAAGCCUAAUUAGAUAAUCUAAGUGUUGGUGUUUUUGGAUAAAUUCUAAUACUAUCAUCUAAAGAGGAUUUAAACUCUCCAAAAAUGCAUCAAUUGUUCAAUCUUUUAUUAUAGCAAACUAUAAGUGACAAGAAAAAGCUGAGAAAAUAAGCAAUCAAAACAUUAUAAGCCUUUUAUUAGUAAAAAGCAUUGGAUAUUUAAUAAGUUCCUGAAAUAAAUGAGAGACUGAGAACUCAUUUCAAAACAAAUUUACAAGAAAAUAAUGAAUGUGCAUAGCAUUCACUCACACUUUUAGCAUCUCUUAAUAAUCUCAUUCCUUACUCUAUUCUAGUUGAUGCAUUAUAUGUAAUAAUUGAAGAGAUUUAAAACAUGGACAGUAAAUAUUAUCCAUUUAUUUUUCUAUCUUUAGAGUAAGUACUUCAACAAAAUGUUGGAGCAGAUUAGGCAGAAAAAUUGAUAUAGUAAUUAAAUCAAUUACAACCAGAAGAAGUUAAUGCAUAACAUGCAUAUAUUUAGUGUAUUAGAUAGUGUUUGCUUACAUUGAGUUGGAGUUCUUUGUCUUUGGCUGCAUCUUAUUUACCAUCCACUUUAUCUAAUAUGGCAGAAUUACUCUUACAAAAUAAUUAAAAAUUAAUGCAACAUUGUAGAUUAGAGAUGAUGACUUUAAUUGAGAAAAUUGGAAAAGCCACUCUCUCUCUUAAACAAGAUUUGGCUGAAGACAUUAUGAAUUUAGAAUUAGAGAGUGCAGGAACAUUGCAAUAGAAAUACAUUGCUACUUUAACCUAUUUAUUUAGUAAUAGAUUUGAUCAGGCUAAUAUUCUUGAUGUUUUUGCUAAAUUCUUUGCUACUAUUGAUGAUAAAACAUUUGAACAUUGCAAAGAUAUAGUGAAAGAGUUUGUACACAACAAGAGCAGAUGGCCACAUGUAUAUUUUGAGAAGACAUUUGGUCAAUUAUGUGUUGGAGUAAGCAUGUCUAAUUUAUUACACACAUUUCCACUUAAAACAGAAGGUGUCAAUCCUUUGGAUAAAGAUUUCGAUGAAAAAUCUAAUUGUUGGAUUCUGUAUAUUUUAAGUAAAUAUGCAAAUCCAAAGCUGGAAGAAUUCCUCGAUUUUCUAUUUCCAUUAACAAACUUACUAUCCUUGGCAUCUAAUGCAAAUCCAUCUCAUGAAUAAAAAAUUAUUCAAAAUAUUCUUUUUCAUGUAUUAGAAAUAGCUUCGAAUGCUAAAGCAUCUUAUGAGUCUUAAAAUCACCCAAAAUUAGGUUAAUUUAUUGAAUUAACAUUAAACUAUUUGAAAAAGGAACAUGUAUUUUUCGAAAAACUACUGUUGAUGAUUGCCAAAUUGUUUUCGUAAUUAGUCACCUUCCCAUCACUAUAAAAUUUUGCCAAAUAAUACAUUUCCACUUUAGCCAAAUUAGUUGAAUAAAACAAUUGCACUCACACAUUAAAUGCUAUUAAAGUAAUGAGUUUUGCAGCACCGAAAUCUUACAUAUAAGAAGCCUUCAAGAAAAACAUAGAAAAGCUACUAUCGUCCAAAGAUAAAUUGGAUGAUAGAGCUUUAAACAAUAUGGAUAUUGUAUUGUAAGUCGUAAGUGCCUAACAGAUGACUUCAGAUCUCUGGGAUUACUGUAUCAAUUUUGUUAAGGAGAUGAUUAACAUACCUUUAAUUUAGAAGAAGAUUUAUAAAUUCUUAGUAGCAAUAAUACCAAAGGUUCAUCAUACUUUCUUAGCUGAAGUCUACAAUUUAGUCUUGGAAGCAGAAUGCGAACCUAGUUCUCGAUAAAAAAGAUUCUAAGUUAUUUUACAAUUGGAACAAACUGUAACCUCUAAGUUAGAUAGCUAUUAAACAUUUAUAUAGUAAUUCUUACCUGAAAUGGUAGUUGCAAUUAGAGAUAAUAAUAUUAAGACUCGUAUUUUGGCUGAAAAGUUAAUAGAAAAUAUUGGAUAGAGAUUAUUGGGAUUGGAUCUAUUAGACUAAUUUAUAUCAAUGGUAUUUGCAGGAUUGGCAGCAUAAUCAAAUGUAAUGAAAGCUGAUGCUGUGGCCACAAUUUCACUGUUAGUUGAUAAGUUCUAUCCAAAUUUGAAAGGAGAAUUCAUUGAUGAGAUGACUAAGUUAAUUUUGUUAUUGUUAAAAGAAUAAAAUAAUGAGAUUUUUAAAUCCAUUAUAUUAUAUGUGAAAGUACUAAUCAAACAUAGACAUACAUUGAAUUCAUAGCUUUUCACUUAAUUACUUAAUGUGGAUGAGGUAUCAAGAGACAAGAACAUUAUAUUGUUAAAAAGAUUGUUAAUGAAACUUAGUAAAGCAUAUCCUUCAGCUGAAAGUUUAAUUCCACAAGAGCACAUUAAAUUAUAUAAGAAUGCUAUAAAAAUAGAGAGAUAAUAGAAAAAAAAGAAAAACAAAAGAGAUUAGGAGAGAGAAUUAAAUAAAUAGAAAUGGUAAGAGAAGAAAUAAAAAAAAUAAAAGGAUUCUGAUCUUGAAAGCGAUGAGGAAUCUGAAUAGUAAUUAGAAACAAAGCCAAAAUAAUAGUAGGGUGGUAUGGAAACUGAAGCAGAAGUAGAAAACAAUCUGUUGUUAAAGUAUGAUUUUAAGAAAGAAUAAUUCCAUUUUGAGGAUGCAAUAAAAUAAAAAAAGAAGGUUUAAGAGAAGGAAUAACAAAAGCAAUCUGCAUUUUAACCUUUGGUUGAGUACAAGGAUGGAAAGGUGAUUGUAAAUGAAUAGAAGGAGGUUUUGGGUUAAAAGCGUAGGAGGGAAGCUGCAAAUAGUGAUGAUGAGGAGCGUGCUUAAAAGAAAAUAACAAAAAAUGAUCGAAAGACUAAGGAUGUUGUUCAUGUGGUAAAAGAAAGCGGGUCUACAUUCAAAUCCAAAUAGAGGGCUGGAGGUGAUGUAACUGUAAAAGGAAGGCCGGAACCAUUUGCUUUCAUAUAAUUAAAUCCAAAAGCUCUCAAUAAAAGAUUCAAGAAUCAAGCUAGCAAGGCAUUUGAAGAGGUAUUUUCAAAAAAGUCGGGUGCCCUUAAAGGAGUAAAGGCACACAAAUGA